UUCUCAUCCUUUUAUAAGUCUAUCCAUAUCUUCGUCCGUCUCUUCUUUCCCUCUCUUCAUCUCCUUAAUCAGCCUUAAAGGGCUUCUAUAUUUCCCAUCUAAUUUGCUUAGUGUUUUGUCUGUCUUUGGACACAGAUUUAGUUGUCAUUUUUUUUGUCCUGAGAGCGUAUAUAUAGAUCGUCAUCGAUCGAGAGAUUACUUGUCUGAGAUCUUCGAAAGUAUAUACACAUGGCCCCGGUUGCACUGCCUCCCGGUUUCAGAUUUCAUCCGACCGAUGAGGAGCUCGUUGCGUACUAUCUGAAGAGGAAGAUCAACGGCCGAAAGAUCGAGUUGGAGAUCAUUCCUGAGGUUGAUCUCUAUAAAUGCGAGCCGUGGGAUUUGCCUGGCAAGUCCUUGUUGCCAAGCAAAGACCUAGAAUGGUACUUCUUCAGCCCUCGAGACCGGAAAUACCCGAACGGAUCAAGAACGAACCGGGCGACAAAAGCCGGUUAUUGGAAAGCCACGGGGAAAGACAGGAAGGUGAGUUCGCAAUCUCGGUCCGUUGGGACGAAGAAAACGUUAGUUUACUAUGGAGGAAGAGCUCCUCAUGGCUCACGCACUGAUUGGGUGAUGCAUGAAUAUCGUCUGGAUGAACAUGAAUGCGAGUCCAAAUCCGGCUUACAGGAUGCUUAUGCACUUUGUCGCGUGUUUAAGAAGAAUGCCGUCAGCCCUAAGGUGGAGGAACAAUGUGUUGAUGGUAUGAAGAGCAGUAUUACAAAUGCUAUGAAUAUGAAUAGUGAGCAAUCUUCGAGCACCGGUAUGUAUUCUGAAGGAAAAUACGAAGAUCUAGAAAGUUCUGGAUAUCCGAUCUCACCCGACGUGUAUGGAACUCAGUUCCGUAACAUUCCAUCUUCCGAUAUCGAAACAAGAGAGGAGAAAUGGAGCCAGUUUCUAUCACAAGACUCUUUCAACUUACCAGCACCAUCACAGUUUUGUUCUCAAUAUGGACCGACUAAUUCAUAUCCCCCGUUCAAGGUUGACAUAGCAUUCGAGUGUGAAAGGUUACAGAAUCGUUUAUCGUUGCCACCAUUGCACAUGGAGGAUCUUCCUCAUGCUGGAUUCCUCGAAACCGAUCUGUUGAACAACACAGAUGAUGUGUUAAACAAGAUUCUAUCGAUAGCUCAGGCGUCACAAGAACAAGCAAGCAAUCAAGUUUCGUGGAACGCUGCUUGUGGUUCUCAAAACAUUCAUGGCGAUAACUUUGAUUUUGCCGGCGAAAGAUUUGCAAACUUCAACAAUAGGAAUGGAGAAAAUUCUUGGGAAGAGGCGAACUUGAACGCAGUAGGAGCACAAGGACCGGCCGAAAGGUUUAAGGAAGAAAGAAUGAUCGAAAACUUGAGAUGGGUUGGAGUGUCGAGCAAGGAACUAGAGAAGAGUUUCAUUGAAGAACAUACAAGGAUUGUCCCCGUAGAAAGCAUUUGGAGCUAUCGGAGAGAUGAUCAAGAGCAUGAAAGCCAAGAUGGUGCAGGAUUUAAGAACAGUGAUGGAGAUCUCGAUGACGUUGUCACGCUCGAGUUUUCGGACGAUGAACAUAACGGGAAUCUCGCGGAGCAGGAAAACGGCAACAUUACGGAUGUUGAGGUGGUGAAGAGAGUUAAGUUUAGCCGUGGAAUGUUUGUCACAACCCGACAGGUAACGAAUACGUUCUUCCAACAAAUCGUACCGUCACAAACCGUUAUAGUUUACAUAAAUCCGGCGACGACGGUCGGAGAAAAGCAAGCACCGGACGAAGCCGGGGAUCACGCAAUUCCGAAGAUCGAGCCGUUCGAGGAGAGAAAAUUCUCAGGAUCAAUCUUUGAACCAUGGAGAAAAGUUGCGCAUGUCAUCGGUUUCAUUCCUAUGCUUCUGUUGAUGCAUUGUGUUCAACGAGGAAGUAACUCUAACAACAUUGAAAGGAUCCAAGGACGGAAAGAACAUCAUAGAAUUCACGACAAUGACAAUCAAGAUCAGAGUCUGGUCGGAAAUGGCUCAAGAGUUCAUCAUCAGGAGAGUUUCGUGUUGGUGGUGUUGAAGAAGUUGGGAGUUUCUCUUGCUAUUGUCUUCGCUCUUUCUACUUUGUGUCUUAUUUAGAAAUUGGGGUUUUAUUUCUCUUGUAACGCCAACAGCCACAACCAAAAAAAAAGGUCUUAAAUGGGUACCUUUUUUUUUUCUUUUUCACUUUUAUAGAUUUAUCCGAAUAUUGUAAACUGGUUAUAUUAAUGGAAAUUAAACGGUCAGCUUUAAAGUCA